AUGACCGUUCAAUUCUUUUUCCUGGUCGUUCUCCUCGUUGCCUGCAUGGUUGCUGUUCAUUCCUACGGCCAUUUCGACAAUCACCAUCAUGGAUUCGACCAUCACGACCACGGACAUCAUGGACACCAUGAUUUCGGACACCAUGGAUUCGGACACGGUGGAUGGAGAAACUAG